AUGGUUCUAAUCAAUCGCAAAACUUUGAUUAAGUUGGUUAUGUGCCAACUUACAUGUUCUCUUAUCAUUUGGAUAUCUACGAAGCCAUUAUGCCUAAACCAUCUACAAGAUCUACGCUUGAUCAAACCACGGUACGAUAACCUUCCAACACAGAUAAAGUAUCAAACCACAAUAAAUUCUACUAUCAAGAUCAAAAGGGCCCGAGCACCCACUAACUUUUACUACAAUUCCACCGCAUCAUUCAGGCCUACAAUACAAUUAAUGCACGACAUUGAAUUGAACCCUGGACCAACAAACCAAACUCAUGAAAACGGUUGUUUUGAUCUUCCUAAGAAAACCAAAGGAUUGAUAAUUGGUCACCUAAACAUCCGAAGUAUUAAAUGUGCAACUAAAUUGGAUGAAAUAAAAGCACUCUUAAUCCGGAAGCCUACCAUUCACGUCAUUUCAUUCUCUGAAACGUGGCUCAAUGACUCUUGGCCGGACGACAUGCUCUACAUCCCCAAUUAUACGUUUAUUCGACUCGAUAGAUCUUCGAACACUUCCGGUGGAGGAAUCAUCACUUACAUCCAUAACGACGUGCCGUUUACCCAUAGAAGUGACUUAGGCUCCGAGAACAUUGAAUCUACGUGUAUUGAGAUCAAACCCCAUUAUGUAUCACCAAUCUUAUUACUCAACGUUUACAGACCACCAUCGGCAGACAGUUCUCAUGACUACUGCUUGACAGAAAUUUUGGAGAGAGUAGCGUCAGAAAAUAAGGAAUGUUAUUUUCUUGGGGACUUUAAUAUGAAUGUUCUAUGUCAAAAAUCGAAAUCUAGCGUAUUCCUGAAACGUAUACAUCAACUCGGGCUCAAACAACUAGUCACAGUGCCAACGAGAACGGAAGCUCGAUACGUGAACGGAUCAUUCAGUGUCACUUCAACGCUCAUUGACCACAUCUACUGUUCAUCUGAAAGAAAUGUUGCGUCAAUACAUGUACCACCACUUUCUCUGAGUGAUCACUAUCCUGUCUUCCUCGUACGCCGUUGUAACGCUUCCAUGAGAUCAAAACAAAAUGAAAAGAGCACUAUUCAAUAUCGAUCCUUAUCCAACUUGAACAAAACAGAUUUUCGUGAAGAUCUACGUCUGGCCCCAUGGUCCUCAAUUGAAGCAUUUGACGAUCCAUCUGACGCCCUUGCACUCUGGUACGAGAUCUUCCAGAGUGUUGUUGAACGACAUGCCCCUCUCCGAACGAAAAGAGUCAAAUCCUUACAGCUGCUUAAGUGGAUGACGCCUGAAAUUCUGUCUGACAUAAAGAAACGAGAUCAGCUAAAAACAAAAGCUCGAAACGGAACAAUAUCAUGGGAAACGUUCAGAUCAUGUAGGAAUAGAAUAUCAUUUAACAUUAAACAAGCGAAAAAGAAUUACUUUGCACACGAAAUUUUACAGAACAAACAUGACUCGAGGAAACUAUGGAAACUGAUGAAAGAAGCGGGAAACUUGAACUCCAACAAAACAACACCAAACGAGAUAAUCGAUAAUGGGGUUUCGGUCACAAACCCAGCCAUAAUUGCACAGUUGUUUAACUCGCAUUUCUCACAAAUUGCAGACUCUGUCAUCCAUGAUACAACACAUCACGAACCAAAUUUAGAACCACUUCGACAAUUUGUGAAAACUCGCCUUCCAGAUAACCACCACUUCACGGUUCCAGUCAUGUCUGCAGAAUACCUUCUGAAUGCAAUCAACAACUUGUCGUGUAACAAAGCAAAAGGAGUUGACUCGAUAAACAUCCACCUUCUUCAAGUCGGCUGCAACGAAGUCCUCCCAUCCCUUCUCUACAUCUAUAACACUAGCAUAACCUCGGGUAUUUUUCCAGACCAGUGGAAAAUCAGCAAGAUCACGCCUGUGUUCAAAAAGGGCUCGAGACAAAAUAAGGAUAAUUAUAGACCUAUCGCU